AUGACGGGCCCUCCGCCAUACAACGCCCAGUCCCCGACUCAGCAGCAGCGGUAUCCGGCCUACACCUCUCCGAAUAAGAACCACCCGUAUUACCCAAGCAAUGAACAACCGCAACCGCCGCAGCAAUACCACCAGCACCCUCCACAGACUCCACCCGCAUUUGGCCCAUCCUCCGUCGCGCGAAGCCCGCACUUUUCGCACGCGUCCCCGAUGCCCUCUACGUUGCCGCCGCCCUUGAAUGGGAGUGCGCCACCUCACCCGUCUCACUCGGAGUCUUCGCAAUACCAGGGACAUUCGUCAGGUUCUCAGCUACCACUUCCGCGCCCUUACUCCAGCUCCGUGAUCACGGGCAACGGUGCCUCGCCGUAUGGCUCUGCGACACCCCAUGGCCAUCCGCCCAGCCGCCCAGAAGGUCAUUCGCAAUCUCCUACCAGGGAGUCCGAAUCCCCAUAUCGGAUGCGAAGCAAUGGUGCUGGAUAUGGACCUCCGAUGAUGCGGGAGCCGAGACCGGUCUCGCCGCAGGAAGCCAAGCCCGCCCGAGCCGCAGAUCCCAUGUCGUUCGCCAGUAUUCUUUCAGGCCCGUCGGACGAGCAGCCUGCGAGAAAGCCAUCACCUCUCCCGGCCCCCAUCCCCGCCCACGCGCCGCAUCCUCCCCCUAUCUUCACACACCGGCACCUGGAUCACAGCUCUACGCCUGUAGCUAUUCAUCACAAACACGAGCACCGAUUGGACUUUGAGAAACGCAUCGAUGGCCCGAGACCACUACAGCCCACCAAUGGGUUCGUCAAGCCCGAUGCGGAAUCCCCUGCGCCCAUUCCUCGUGCACCGCUUCGAAAACCCUUCCCUCCCGGUGUAGACCUGGAGCAGGUCAACCGGGCUGCGGCUGAGAUCGAUCACGCCGAGAAGAGCGAUGUUGAAGAUCCUGGCUUCGACGCGGAACAGGAACGGUAUCGGGAGAAAGGCUACAAACGGUCGGUGGAAAGCAGCCGUGCGGAGGAAGUGCGACGAAAGCGUCGCCGCAACGAGUUCCUUAUCGAUCUAGGUAGAUCCUUCGAAAGACAAGCCAUUCUUGGCACCGAAAGAUUCCGAGUGCUCAACGAGGGUGCUGUCAUGGCCGAAGUUCAACAAAAGGAGAUCCAGGAUGAAAAGGAACGGAAGAAGGACAUGCAGCGCAAACGCCGUCGUGAGAACACUGUGCGCCAAGAAAUGCAAAAGCAGGCAGAGGCUGAGCGCAAGGCAAGCAAGGCCCAGGAACCUGGAGAAAGGGCCAAGUUCCUGCGUGAAGCCGAGCGGGCUCAGAAGAAAAUUCGCACCACCAAGCGCGCUCUGGAGGGCGGUGAUGGCCAGGAUGAGCUUGGUGAGGUCACCCCGCUUGCUCCCAAUCUCGAAGGUGGGACGACGAGUCAAUUCCAUAUCGGCCGUUCCUCGCCCAGCCGACGCAGGUCAGGUCGCGCCGGUCCUGUCACUCGUCCCAAGAAAUCCAAGGAGCAGAAGCAGGCCGAAAAGGAUCUCGCCGAGGCAGCUUGGAAUGCUGGGUUGGACGACGACCUGUAUCUCACCCCAAGCACGAAGAAGGAUGUUCGACGUUCAAAGGAGGGUACUCCCAUGUCGCAGCUACACUACGACAGCAAGGGUUACAACCAGAUCUACGAGCAGAUCUGGCGCGAUAUCGCGCGCAAGGAUAUUCCAAAGGUGUACCGCAUCAAAACCACCUCCCUCUCCACCCGCCAGGAGAACUUGCGCAAGACGGCUCAGCUGGCCAGCAAGCAGUCACGCAAGUGGCAAGAGCGCACGAACAAGAGCACCAAGGAUACUCAAGCCCGUGCCAAGCGGACGAUGCGUGAAAUGAUGUCCUUCUGGAAGCGCAACGAGCGUGAGGAACGCGACUUGCGCCGUGUGGCUGAGAAGCAAGAGCUUGAAUCAGCCAAGAAGGCAGAGGCGGACCGCGAAGCCAACCGACAGAAGCGCAAGCUCAACUUCCUUAUCUCGCAAACAGAACUGUACUCUCACUUCAUCGGGCGCAAGAUCAAGACCGACGAAGCUCAAGGAGACAGCGCUGUUGCUGCAACCGGGGAGACUGUUCAGCCAGGCAAGCCCAACGCCCACACAGUCAAUCUUCCAGACAGUGUAGCCAACCCCAACGCCAAGACCACUGCGUUCGAGGAUCUCGAUUUCGAUGCUGAAGAUGAAACCGUGCUGCAACAAGCUGCCAUGGCUAAUGCGCAAAAUGCUGUGCAGGAAGCCCAGGAUCGUGCCCGUGCUUUCAACAACCAAGGAGAGGGUGAUAAUAUGGCUGCGUUUGACGACGGAGAGAUGAACUUCCAGAACCCAACUAGUCUGGGUGACAUUGAGAUCUCACAGCCGGCCAUGUUGAAUGCUCAGCUGAAAGAGUACCAGCUUAAGGGUCUUAACUGGCUUGUCAACUUGUAUGAGCAGGGCAUCAACGGUAUCCUGGCAGAUGAGAUGGGUCUCGGUAAGACCAUCCAGUCCAUUUCUGUUAUGGCUUACUUGGCUGAGGUGCAUAACAUCUGGGGUCCUUUCCUGGUCAUUGCGCCAGCAUCCACACUGCACAACUGGCAGCAGGAGAUUACAAGGUUCGUCCCGAAUAUCAAGGUGCUUCCCUAUUGGGGUAAUGCCAAGGACCGCAAGAUCCUGCGAAAGUUCUGGGAUCGCAAGCACAUCACCUACAACCGUGACUCGGAAUUCCACGUCCUAGUCACCUCGUACCAGCUUGUCGUUCUUGACGCGCAGUACUUCCAGAAGGUGAAGUGGCAGUACAUGAUUCUCGACGAAGCUCAAGCUAUCAAGUCCUCUUCAAGUUCGCGAUGGAAGAAUCUGCUGGGAUUCAGUUGCCGCAAUCGUCUUCUGUUGACGGGUACGCCAAUUCAAAACAACAUGCAAGAACUAUGGGCCCUGCUUCACUUUAUUAUGCCAACUCUGUUCGACUCCCACGACGAGUUCAGCGAGUGGUUCUCCAAGGACAUCGAGUCGCACGCCCAGAGUAACACCAAGCUCAACGAGGAUCAACUUAAGCGUCUUCACAUGAUCUUGAAGCCUUUCAUGUUGCGUCGUGUCAAGAAGAACGUACAACAAGAACUCGGAGACAAGGUUGAGAAGGACAUCUUCUGCGACUUGACAUACCGCCAACGUGCCUUGUACUCCAAUCUGCGUAACCGUGUCAGCAUAAUCGACCUCAUCGAAAAGGCUACUACAGGCGACGAUACUGACAGUAGCACACUGAUGAACUUGGUUAUGCAAUUCCGCAAAGUCUGUAACCACCCCGAUCUCUUCGAACGUGCCGAAACAAAAUCUCCCUUCUCUGCUGCAUCCUUCGCGGAAACAGCUUCCUUCGUUCGUGAAGGAAACUUUGUCGAUGUUCGCUAUUCGACUCAGAACUUGAUCGAAUACCCGUUGCCACGCCUAUUGUGCAGCUCUACAGGGCGACUUGAUCUUCCUGGUUCUGAUAAUCCCCGCGUGGGCUUCCAAACCAAGUACCUAUCUCAGCUGAUGAACGUCUGGACACCGGAAAACAUUCAGAAGAGCGCACGUGACAAUGGUGCGUUCUCUUUCUUGCGUUUUGUCGACACUUCUGCAGGAGAAGCAAGCGAGAUGGCACAACUUGGUGUGUACGAGCGCGCAGAGCGUCGUCGCAGCAAGCCAAACAGGCUUUCUGCCUUGGAUGUCAUCUAUGAUGAGAGUGACGAUCCAAAGAACUCCGUGCUAUCCCAUUCGAUGUUCAAUAUUGUCGAUCGUAAUGAUCGCCAGGCUGUUCGAGAUAUUGCCGUUGAGGGCCGAAUGAAGGAUCUUAUGACUGUUUCACGCGCGUCAUUCGAAGACCAAGGCCUUCACCUAAUUGAGCCUUGUUCUGGUCCUAAAGCUUCAGCGCCCCCAAUCACCAUGUCCUCUUCCGGCCAACAGGUGCUACGGGAAUCCCACCAGGCUUUGUUCAAUCCGUCUGUCAGGCAAGCACUGUCUGGACACUGCAGCAGGGAACUUGAGGAGCAGAUCCUCGCCAAGAAGCUCGAUCCUGCGCCUUACUCUCACGCUCCUAUGCUGCCGCCACCGGUCUCACUCAAGGGCCGCUACAGCCACAUCGAGGUACCAUCGAUGCGUCGUUUCGUGACAGAUUCAGGAAAACUGGCCAAAUUGGACCAGCUGCUGCGGGAGCUCAAGCCCGGUGGCCACCGCGUGCUCCUCUACUUCCAGAUGACACGCAUGAUCGAUCUAAUGGAAGAGUACUUGACAUACCGGAACUUCAAGUACUGCCGACUGGACGGAAGUACCAAGCUGGAAGACCGCCGCGACACUGUCGCAGACUUCCAGUCCAACCCGGAGAUCUUCGUCUUCUUGCUAUCCACCCGUGCCGGUGGUCUUGGUAUCAACCUGACGGCAGCCGACACUGUCAUCUUCUACGACUCCGAUUGGAAUCCUACCAUCGAUUCCCAGGCCAUGGAUCGUGCCCAUCGUUUGGGCCAAACUCGCCAGGUCACUGUCUACCGUCUCAUCACCCGCGGCACCAUCGAAGAACGCAUCCGCAAGCGUGCCUUGCAGAAAGAAGAGGUGCAGCGUGUUGUCAUUACUGGCGGUGCUUCUGGCGGUGUCGACUUCAAUACCCGUGCUCGCGAGAACCGCACCAAGGACAUUGCCCUGUGGCUUGCUGAUGACGACGAGGCUGAACUCAUUGAGCAAAAGGAGAAGGAAGCCAUCGAACGCGGUGAGACCCUUGGCGCUAAGGGUGGGAAAAAGGCCGCAGCUCAGAAACGCAAGCGGGAUCUUACGCUGGAUGACAUGUAUCAUGAAGGCGAGGGUAACUUUGACGACGCUAGCGCCAAACCCUCAGGGGCUGCUACUCCCGCCGAGGAGCCUGUCGAGACAUCUUCGGCAACGCCUGCAAAGCGCGGGCGCGGCCGUGGUCCCGGCAAAGGCACGUCGAAACGAGCAAAGACAACAAAAGAGCGUCUCCGUCUGAUCGACGGUGACGGCGGCCUCGAUUAA